AUGUGGUACCUACCCAAGAAACACUGCCUCAAGUUGGGUGGAAACCUGGCCUCUGUGCAUAGCCUCUCAGAGUACCAAUUCCUACAGAAACUCACAGGUGACCCUCUAUCCUGGAUCGGGGGCCAUGAUGCUGUUGAGGAAGGACAGUGGCUGUGGAGUGAUGGAUCUGUAUUUUCCUAUGAAAAAUGGUCCUACCCACAACCUGAUAAUUAUGGAGGAGAUGAACAUUGUCUCUGUUGCAACGCUGGAGGUACCAAAGACUGGAAUGACUGCCCUUGUUCACACACUCUUCCAUUUGUCUGUGCUCUGAAAAGGCAGUAGGAGGAAUCAUACUGAUGCCUUUCAGUGGAGGAAAGCAUUAAGACAUCAGCCUCAUGUUCCAGUUAAUCAUAGAGUUCAUUCAAUGGCCAGUGAAUCCUUGAAGUUGUUUUUACUUUAUUUUCUUGCAUUCA